AUGGAUCACAACUACUGGAACGUAGACGACUUUAUCGCCGACUCGCAGAGACUACCAUGCACGUUCAACAUUGACGUGCCCAACAUGGGUCAAAUGCAGUCUACCGAGGAACGCGACAUCAAAGCUCUUUCGCGUGUAGAGCUACCAUUCUGGCUGGCGGAACUCAUGGCACUCAACAACAUUGUCUCGAUCAACAAGCCCAAGUCCUUCUCGACACGAGUCAAGGCGGCGCUCGAUGCGAAUCCUACCUCGGUCCAAUUGAGGAACCAGAACAUCCACUGGGUCCAAUUUGCCCUCCGGUCGCAACUUCCAUCUUCCGAGGAAUUCUCCUGCAAACGCCUUCCGCGCUCUCGCAACUCUUCCUCACUUCUCCGCAAAGAAGGUCUACAAGUAUGGACGUUGCUGAUAGAGGAGCCGGCUGCGGUUGCUGCGUCAUCGGAUGAGAUCUCAUGGCAAAACUUCCGCUUGCCGAAGAAGAAGACGACAAGACGAGACAAGAAGCGGCAACGACUGCAUAGAUUCGAUAGUGAUCACGACGACGAAGACGGAUCAGAUCGGACGAUUCGGGUCAAACAGGAAGGGGAAACUGUAAUGGAUGGAGAGACAGAGGGCUUGGAUUCGGAAGCAGAUGAAGCGGUCGGACUAAGUGAGUCUUCAAGCGAAGAGUCGAAUGCUUCGGAGGAUGAAAAUGGGGAAGAUCUCGCAAGUGCAAGUCAGAUCAAGGUCGAGGAGUCGACAGACAGCUCAGCCAGCGUACAUCGCAAACGGGGCAGACCGAAGCACACCCAAGUCGAAUCGAGCAUAUCCUCGGUCCAUACCAUUGCAAAAGCCAUACGCAAGCGGGCUGACCUCUCGUCUGAUGUGCCUAUGGAUGCCUUCGACAGCGCACACAACAUCUCGCCCGCCCCACUCACGUACAAAGAGACGGUACGACUCGUCCGUCUGAUCAGCAUGAUCUUCCGUUUUCCCAAAUCCUCCCGCCGCAUCGUACGUCGUCGAAGCCGUUCGGAUCAAGAUCAAACUCCCUCAGCCUCUUCCUCCGCAUCUCCUUCCAGCAUGGCGAUUCCGAUCACAACCGAAGCGAGCACCUCGACCCACCAACCUCUCCCGCCACACCACCUCCUACCCCGAUCAUCAUCACGGAAACACCGCAUUCUCGCCAAAAUUCACCAAGAGGACGCCUCACGCGACUCGCCCGCAAUACUCAAGCUCAUCGCGCUCAUACCCGCCGCGCUGCCCGCCCGUAUCGACUGCGCAGACUGGAUCGUCGAUCUAGCGGUCAAAGCUAGGCGUGACGAAUACGGGAACGUGUUUCUUCCGAAUAGUGCUUAUAGCAGCGUCAAGGGUGAGGAGAUGGGUGCGAGUCUGGAGGUCGAGAGGAGUGAUAGUGUUGAUGCGGUGGGAGGAGGGGUUGAAGGGGAGGAAGUGAAAGUGACGAGGUCGGUGAGACAGAGGUCAGGGAUGGAGGCGCCUAGCAUUCCGCUGCCAGGAUUUUGGAAGAGGAGAGGGGAGGGGGAGAAGGCGAAGGUAGAAGGUGUUGAUGACACGGAGAGCCUGAAGAAAGAGCAAGAGGUGUCGGCGAUCGGUGUUGAUGGUCAAGGUCAAACUCCUGGUCGGGAAACAGAUCAAGUCCAUGCUGUCAUCCGCCCUCCCAACAGCAGCGAUCCUGCCAUCAUCCCUGCUUUACAUCCUGCAGCAUCCAUCUCAGAACAAGACUCCGCUUCCCAUCCACCAUCGUCAUCUCCCCCUCCGUCAUCAGGACACACCACGAGCAGCAGCGCAAGCGGCCGUCGCACAGUCAACCUCUCCAAAGUACUUGCAGAGCGCAUGCGAGAAAAGCGUCAUGCCAAGACGCUGCUGCUGCGAACACAUCACUCGCUGCGAAAGAAGAAGAGUUGCGAGGACAGGGAUGCACCGGUAACUGCAGAUGAGGAUGGUGAAGAUCAAGAUAGUGUGGACGACGAGACGUUGAGGAACACUAUCGCCAAUCGAGGGGGUCCGAGGACUGUGGUUGGCAUUGAUGGGUCGGAGGAGGGGGUACAAAGGGAUGGGCCGAAGGAAGGUCCCGUGCCAGGGGAGCAAGAAGAUCUCAAGGUCAAGGAAGAGGAGAUUGAGAUCUCGGCUUCUUAG